CGGCGUGGGCUUUAUUUUGAAAGUUUAUUUGCGGAAGCGUUAUGUCGUAGCAGGGGCGUGAGGCGACCGCACGAGUGUCCUGAUGAAAAUAAUUGUGCGCUAAGGGAAAAGGAGAAAAAAACAGUGUUUAAAAGACAAAUUCGUGCCGUGUGCGUCGAGUAGGUGUGGUUCUGCCUUUUUACCGGAGACAAGAUGGGAAACUGCCACACCGUUGGACCCAACGAGGCCCUGGUGGUUUCAGGUGCUUGCUGUGGCUCAGAUCAGAAGAUGUACGUUGUGGGAGGCUGGGCCUGGGCCUGGUGGCUCAUCUCCGAUGUCCAGAGAAUGUCUCUGGAAGUUAUGACCAUCCUCUGUCGCUGUGAGAAUAUCGAAACAUCGGAGGGUGUUCCCCUGGAUGUGACAGGGGUGGCUCAGGUGAAGGUGAUGACAGAAGGCGAACUCCUGGGUUACGCUUGUGAACAGUUCUUGGGGAAGUCGGUCAUGGAGAUCAAGAGUGUGAUCCUGCAGACCCUGGAGGGUCACCUGCGUGCCAUCCUUGGCACAUUAACUGUUGAGCAGAUUUACCAAGAUAGAGAUAAGUUUGCCACACUUGUGCGGGAAGUGGCAGCGCCUGAUGUUGGCCGGAUGGGCAUUGAGAUCCUCAGCUUCACCAUCAAGGAUGUAUAUGAUAAAGUGGAGUACCUCAGUUCCCUUGGCAAAACCCAGACAGCAGCAGUACAGAGGGAUGCAGACAUCGGAGUGGCAGAGGCAGAAAGAGACGCUGGCAUCAGGGAAGCUGAGUGCAAGAAGGAAAUGAUGGAUAUUAAGUUCUUAGCUGACACGAAGAUGGCCGACUCUAAACGAGAGCUGGAAAUGCAAAAAGCUGCCUUUAACCAGGAAGUGAACACAAAGAAAGCAGAGGCCCAACUGGCGUACGAGCUGCAGGCCGCCAAAGAGCAGCAGAAGAUCCGUCUGGAGGAGAUCGAAAUUGAGGUGGUGCAGAGGAAGAAGCAGAUCUCUAUUGAGGAGAAGGAGAUUGACCGCACUGAUAAGGAGCUCAUUGCUACUGUGAAGAGACCCGCUGAGGCUGAAGCCUACAAGAUGCAGCAGCUUGCUGAGGGACAGAAAACAAGAAAGGUGCUGACUGCACAAGCAGAGGCCGAGAAGAUCCGUCGCAUCGGUGAGGCAGAGGCGGCCUCCAUCGAGGCUGUGGGGAAGGCGGAGGCUGAGAAGAUGAGGCUGAAGGCUGAAGCCUACCAGCAGUACGGCGAUGCUGCCAAGACAGCUUUGGUGCUGGAAGCUCUGCCCAAGAUUGCCGGUAAGGUGGCCGCACCGCUCGCCAAGACCAAUGAGAUUGUCAUCCUGAGUGGGGAGAGCAGCCGUGUGACUGGAGAGGUGACCCGUCUCCUAGCUGAGCUCCCGGUGUCCGUCAACGCCCUCACUGGGGUCGAUCUAACCAAGAUCCCUCUGCUCCAGAAGAUGAUCACCCCACAGUGCCAAGCAGCCAACUGAAGAACCAGGCCAGGGUCUCUGGCUCCGACCGCUUCAACAUGCAUCUGCCUCAAGCGUAAAAAACGUUUCUCAUUCUCGGACCCCUCAUGCAAGUACCUGUUGACCAGAAACACUUGGCUGUGACCAAGGUGUGUUUUUUUUUUUUACUCGUUUACGUUUUUAAUUUACUCAAGUAUAAACAAUCUGAGGCCUUAUUGGAGAGGACCAGCCUGUAUUUGUGCCUCUUGGUAUUUUUAGUUUUGCAUAUCCCUGUUGAACUGCACUCGUUAGGAUUAUAUCAGUCCUUUUCAUUUGUAAGUCUUUGAGUGUAAACAAAAAUGCAAAGUGAAAACUCCAUGAGUAAUGUGCCGCUUUAUGAAGCUGUAAGGUUUAGACUGACAUCUAUUCACCUUUUGGGAGCAAAGCAGAGUGUCGCGUCUCUUUUCAAAUUGCAUUUAAUAUAGAUAAAUGACUCUACAGAACUCUAUGGAUAACACAACGUUGACUAUAUUACCACAUCAGUGAUAUUUUAAUCACGUCUCUGAUGGUUCAUACCUCGUGGUUUGUUGCCUUGUCUUCUCGUUCAGAUGUGCUAUGCCUGUUCACCACUCAAGUGCUCCAACCUAGUAAGAUUUAUCAGCGUAACACUGUUCAGACAUGGGUUGAAACGUUCCAGUAGACUAGCUUUUACUAACUCACUUUUCCAAAUCGUUUUAGCCAUUCACGCUUGUCGCAUAUGUUUAAACACAGGUAGGUGUAAAAGCUGAGCAAAUGUAUAAAGCCACGCAGAAAAUCUUUUCUCCAAUGACUCUGGAUGCCUGCCAGGCUUCUAAGCAUCUUCUAUAUACCUCAAACAGCAUGUGGUAGGCAGGCAGGUUCUGAGGUUCAGUCCAUUCAUUCUUCUUCCCUCUCUCCUUCUGCUUGUACUUUUGUUUGUGCACACUGUUUUUCAGUGAUUAAACAAGUGAAUGAGCCAAGCAUCACUGUGCAACAACAAAUGUAGCUUUACUGGUCUCUCUUUAACAGAUCUUUUAUUUUUUUUAAUUCAGUGUUUUGCAUGUAGUAAAACACGCCGUGAAACUUCAUCAACCUCAUCAGAAUCUAUGAAUUAAUUGUUUUCAUUUUGUCACUGCACUAGUUUCAUUGUUCCUUCUGACCCAAACGUCACGGGUCCGUUCACGUUUUAAUGUUCCUGUCACUGUUGAAGCUGUAAAUGUAAACAUGGUGAAACACUGCUCAGCUUUCUGCAGUUUCUCUAAUACUUCCUUUCAGUUUUAAUGGCCAGUCAAACAUGAGUCUGUUACACGGACGAAGGUCAGCACUGCCUGUUUCCAAACUGUGAUCAUUCAGUGCAGCUUGGAGGAGCCCUGCAGUGUUUGACGUCACUGCGGCAUAUUUAAAACAGAAGGAUAUUUUUAUUCCACUAUUACACACACUCAAAUAUGAGGAGCAGCGGGAUCUGUGCAGAGCCAUUUUUAUUUCAGAUGUGUAGAGGUUUUGCAUCUGUUUAAAGACUUAACUUUUCGGAUGUGGCCUCUUCAUAAGUAAAAUACGAAUACUUCUGGUUUACUACACUCUGUUCAGUGUGUCUUUUCACAGUGCCUUUGUUAACUGUGGAGCUUCAUCAUAGUUAGAUGUGUCAAUCAUAUACAUGGAAUCACUGGUGGGAGGUUGUAUUCUGAAUUUACUAUAUGACAAAGACUUAGAGUGUCUACUUUAUACAUAUACUUUAUAGCUGAAUGUUUAAAGUUUUCCUUUGUACUUUGUCCCCUGUGUACUUUUAUGACAGUGAAAACAAAACGUAUAAGGGAACAUAGAUAUAUAUGUAGUUAGAUGAUGAAUAAACAUACAUAUGAUAGAAAAUUAACUUCUUCUUGUAGAAUACAGAUUUUUCAUUAUUUUGGCCAUUAGGUGCCGAAUAAUAAAAACGUUUUUGAUUUGCAUUAUCUAAGGAAACUAGUAGAAACUAGUGGCAAAGUCCUGUUACACAAGUAGCAUUUGAGAGAAGACCAAACAUUUUUGACCUACGCCUUAACUCCUUAACACAUCUGACCAUCCGUCUGACACCGUCUGUAGGAGAUGUUGUGUGGUUCAGCAUGACAUUUCGAGUACAUGUUCAUGUACAUGUUCAUCAUGCCUGUAUUGUGUGCUAUUCUAUAAUAAAAGUUAUACAUGCCA